AUGACCCCACCUUAUGAUAUAAGCGAGGAAUCAUGUCCGCAUUGCUGGGAUGAGUCGGCUAUGGUGGUUCCACAUCAUACAUCCGCCAUACAUAAGGAAGAAUGCGCUUACUGUUGCCGUACAUGCAGACAUGAAGGAGGAAUUCUUGUUUGCAUGUCUUGUCAUAUGGGUCUUUGUGUGGAACAUGUUCGCAAACACAUCUCCGUACAGUCUACUCACGCCAUGUUUGUUUGGAUCAAAGAACUUCCACCAAAGGAAGAAGAUGCCACAGAGGAGACAAAGGAUGUGAACAAACUUGGAGUUGUGCUUCCAAAGGAAUAUGAAAAUGCCGUUUGUUGUGGUGUAUGUGCAAAAUCAUUUUUAACACCACCAGAUUUUGCCCUUGAGUGUUACUCAUCUAUUGUGCAUGCGACUUCAACGGGAGCUAAAGAUGCCAUGGAUGCAGAUGUUACCGGGUAUAUGCGUCCACAAUGUCCACAUUUAAUCUGUUUAGAACAGUUACCAAGUCCAUUUCAAACCGCCCCACCAUCCGCUAUGGAGAAAUGCAGUUUUGAGAAUUGUGAUUGCCGUACAAAUAACUGGAUGUGUAUGACGUGUGGGGCGGUGGGAUGUCCACGAAAGGAGGCGGGCGGUAGUGCGCAUGCCUUACAGCACUACUUUGAGACUCAACAUCCUGUAGUGGUGAAACUUGGAACCGUUACCCCAUCCGGGGCGGAUUUCUAUUGUUAUAUUUGUGAUGAUGAGGUAUCGGAUGUUCACUUUGAAUCCCACAUGAACCAUUUUGGUAUAGAUGUUCAAACUGCGAAGAAAACAGCCAAAACACUUGGAGAAAUGCAAUAUGAUUACUCCUCACAGUUUGAUUUUAAUCGUAUUACAGAAAGUGGUGAAUCUCUUGUUUCUGUUUUUGGUCCAGGAAGAACAGGAAUGCAUAAUUUUGGUAACAGUUGCUACAUGGCAUCUGUUGUUCAGUGUCUUUUUGCCUUGGAACCUUUCAGAGAGGCAUUUUAUCACAAUCGUGAAACACUACAUCAGAAUGUUUGCCGUGAAAACCCAUAUAAUUGUCGUACUUGCCAAACCGAACGUGUCGCUAGUGGUCUUUUAUCUGGAGAAUUUUCUAAAAAAGAUAAUGAACGAAAUAAUGGUAUUACAGCUAGAGAGUUUAAACGUGUUUUUGCCCAUACACAUCCUGAUUUCUCUUCUGCAGAACAACAGGAUGCACAGGAAUACAUGUUGUAUUUACUUGAACAAAUGCGACGUUAUGUUAGACCUCCUUAUAGUAAAGAUUCAGAAGAUUUUCAUCCUGCUGAUAUUUUUAAAAUGACAGUGGAACAUCGUGUACAGUGUAGUGCAUGCCAUAAAGUUCGCUAUACACGAGAAACCGAUUGUUGUCUUUCACUUCCAAUUCCAAUAGAUCCUGUGGAAACGAAUCCUAAUGUGGAACAAAAACUUACAGAAGAAGAGAUUGAAGCAAGUCGUCCACACCGUUCAUUAGAGGCGUGUAUUACAUCUAUGAUGCAACCUACAGAAAUUUCAUGUCGUUGCAGUGCCUGUGAUAAUGCAGUGACUUAUUUUAAAACUACACGAUUGGCUACUUUUCCUGAUGUACUUCCUGUUUUUCUUCGUCGGGUACAUUUUGAUAUGGAAACUAUGUCAGUGAAAAAAAUUGACGUUUUUAUUGAUGUACCAGAAACUAUAAAUUUUGAAUACCUCCGAAGCAAAGGUCUUCAAGCAGAUGAAGUUGAAAUGCCUUCUACAGAUACAAGUCUUCCACAUAAACCAGUAUCUCCAUUAUCAAAGCCAAUAGAUGAAACUGCACUUGCUAUUUUAUUAAGUAUGGGUAUUGAAGAUUCUAUUGCCAGAUAUGCACUUUUACAAACUGGUAUGAAUGCUGAACGUGCCAUUGACUAUGUAUUUAGUCGUGAAGAUAUUGCUCUGGAGAUGAGUCAAGCUUCUGGGGCUGCAAAUACACCAGAGAAACAAGAGAGUACAACGGCACGUGUACAUGAUGGACCAGCUACGUAUAAACUGCAUGCGAUGAUAAGCCACAUGGGAGCAAGUGCCAAGACAGGACAUUAUGUUUGUCACAUAAGAGAUGAGGAAACAGGGAAGUGGCUUCUUUUUAAUGAUGAGAAGGUGGCGGAAUCACGACACCCACCAUUCUCUAUGGCUUCCGUUUAUUUUUACAAGAGAUGUGCUGAAUGA